AUGAAGUUCAGGUUCGUGGUAUUCGCGUUGUCUUUUCUUUUGAGCCAGGGCUUGGCCGAAGAACGCCACCCCCUUGCUGAAUCCCUUGGUGCUCUCCGCGUAUUGCACUACAACAACCUUGGACCUCAGAACAAUGGAACUUCAGCCGUUUUAGCACACGAUCACUCGAGCUAUGCCGAUGCUGUUGCAAAAUGCACUGCUAUUGGCGAGAAGCUCUUCCCGUGGUCUUCGAACGAAAAUGACAGUCAAAGUCGCACCGAACUCGAUUAUGAACUGGACUAUCUCGUAUUUGCAAAGGAGCUAGGAGGCGAUGAUUAUUUGUGGCUGUCGACAGCACAAGAAAAUCGCAAGGGCUGUUUUGCUUUCUCGAUUGCCCAUCGCGAGGUCAUAGGAAAAUCAUGCAAAGAGAAGCUACCUGCCCUUUGCACAUCUACUCCGCCCGCGACAACAGAUCUCGACCGAGCCGCAAGGGAAACCACGAAGUUGACAGUGACAUCCAACGAUUAUACUAUAACUGGAUAUCGAGAUGCGCGGUCCUUCCGCUUCCUCGGCGUGCCCUUUGCGAGUCCCCCAAUCGAUAACUUGCGCUUGGCCUCACCGCAAGCCUACACGGGGCAGAAGAACAUCGAUGCAACUAGCAUGGCGGAUUCAUGUAUCCAAUCUCCUUCAAGCGUUUCGCAUGCGCCUAUCGGUGGGAUGUCUGAGAACUGCCUCUAUCUGAACGUCUUCACCCCAUUCCUGCCUCACAAUGUCACCAAGAACACCGCGCUUCGCCCCGUGGCUGUUUAUUUAUACGGGGGCGCAUUCACGAAAGGUACUGCAGCUAUGGUUGAUUAUGACGGAGGAAACUUCGCCAGCCGCAGUGAUGUGGUCGUUGUCACGCUUAAUUAUCGAGUCGGAGCGUUGGGCUUUUUGUCAACGGGCAACCUGACAAGCGGGAACUACGGUAUUCAAGACCAGAUUAUGGCCUUGGAAUGGGUAAAAAAGCACAUAUCUGCCUUGGGAGGUGAUCCAUCCCAAGUUACCGUCUUCGGGCAGUCUUCUGGUGCCCAGAGCGUGGUAGCCCUGCUCUCUUCCACCGCAGCGAAGGGCCUCUUCUCCGGCGCGCUGGUGCAAUCAGCAAACAUCGACUUCCCGUGGUUCCCUCACGCUCUUUACUCUAAAUACAUCGCCCCAGAAAUCGGAAAGGCAGUUGGCUGUGACGGCAAUGCUUCAGAAGCAAGUCUUCUCGAGUGCCUUCGUUCCGUCCCGGCUUCAAUGUAUCUCGAUAACUCAACCGAGUUCCAAACUGCUACAAAGGCAUUCUCAUCCAGCAUCGCAAAAUUCUACAACGACACGCAAAUUAUAUCCGCUGCAGAGCCAUUCAUGCCUAUGGUAGACGACACCGGAUCAGGUGUAAUCGACGACCAAUUCAACACCCUCUUAGCCAACGGCAACCUCCCCAUCAACGUCCCGACUAUGUUCACCACCGUCCGCGACGAGGCAAGCCUCUUUUUGGGCAUUCUCGGCGCGACCCAGACCCCACUCGCUACAUUGCUAGAUGCUAUAUUCGGCGAGCCUCUCGCUCAGAAGAUAAUCUCCUCCGGCACGUACCAAGUCGAUGAUUCGGACACCGAUGCUGUUCUUAACGCUCUUGCCGAUGCCGUGACCCACAGCCAGUGGACUUGUCCACAGGGCUAUCUUCUCAAUAAUUCAAAUUCCGCCUUCCCUUCCCUAUACGAAAUCCAGAUAGCAGAUGGUCAUGCGCAGACAGCGGAUAUGCCGGAUAUCUGUUACCCGAAUAGUCGUUACAACGCUUCCUGUCAUACAUCAGAUGUCUUGCUCGCGUGGGGUACAUUGAACACCAAGACGGAAGAUGUGCGUCCGUACUACGACGAUCGGGAUAUUCUUCACUCGCAGCUCGUCCAUGAUGUAUUCGGUGCGUUUUUCCGUGAGAGGAACCCAAAUCCUGAUUUGGAGUUCUUGAAGGUCCGUGGUCCUGCGUAUGCAAGUACUCUUUCUAUAUUUGGUGGGGAGGUGGGUUCGAAUUCCUUGCUUGGGCGUGCUGAGGGGUUUGUUAUUGAGCAAUAUGCGGCUUCUGAGCGGAAUAUGACGCUUCUGGGAAUGCCGCCGUCUAGUACGUCUAAUUUUGAGGACGACGAUAUCUGUGCUGUGCUGCGUGAUUAUGGGUUUACUUUCCAAAGGGCGCAUCUGUCGGACUAA